GCAAUUUAGCGCUUACACAUGCUCGGUGGUGUCAGUGACGUUAGCAUAUCAUCUGUGUAGUGUGGUGGCCCCUCAGCCUGCAAGACAGAGAAAAUAGUCGAUAACAGAAUAUAGGUAUAUACUGAGCGAAAAAUCGGGGCAAGGAAGCCAUUUUGUAAAAAUGUAUAGUUUGAUACAGUAGUGAAAUAAAGAGUCGUCACGAGUGUGUAUUUCCCUACUCCAAUAAAAUUAUCAAUUUUAUAUAUUAUUUUUUCCAUUUUACACACCAAGACUCAUUACUUAAUUUAUUUAUUAGUUAGCAAUUAGUUGCGGGUGAUACUUGGUAUACAUAUACUUUAAACCAUAUGACGUUUUUUAAUAAACUAUUUUGUUAGAUAUUAUUUGUUGUAAUAAAUAUAGUGUAAGUUUUAUCGAACAAGUCGAAGACAGUGGCCGUGAAGUUACCACUAAAGCACAAUAAAGGGGAAUAAACUAUAAAAAGUUGAAACAAGUUACAAAAAUGAAGAAGCAAGUUGCUCAUGUCUUGCUUGGUACUCUAUAUUUAGCGAGCAUCUACACGGUCCAGGCUGUUAAUUACAGCGGACCGAGAGAAGUACUUGAAAACCAGCCAUGGAGUAUAGUCUGCACGGGGCUGAAAGCUGGCGAGAAAAUAAUAUGGACAAGAAACGGGCAACAGUUUGAAGAAUUAUCAACCGGCGAUAUUCGAGUAUUUAAACCGGAAAAAGGAGUCAGUGAAUUAAAGUCCGACCAUGCUACUGAAUUGCACGAGGGAAGCUACAAAUGUACCCCGAAUAGCAAUGAAUCCUUCCAUCUUACAGUUAAAACUGUUACAAAAAUCAAAGUCUUGACGAAGGAUGACGUACCGUUGAAGCUCGAAUGCGAGAACCAUACAGCUGGUGAAAAAGUCGACUGGCUGAAAGAAGGAGUUCCUGUUAGCGAAAAAUUCGCUGAAAAAGAAGAGUGGGUUAAGGUGACCGAUGGAGUGCUUACUUUCUUUAAAAGUGAUCAUGAACUUCACGGAAAUUACACUUGUAAUACUACUGCCAAUGUUAGUUCUACAUCAUUCUUCAGAGUUGUUCCGAAACCAACAGCAAUUUUACAAAAAUCAGUGAGCGUAGUGGAGGGUGAAAAGCUGACUAUAAUUUGCAAGGGGAAUCAUCAUCCUGGAAUAAAAAUAAUGUGGGAGUUUGCUGGUAAAACUUACAACAAUAGCGAGGGCCGUGUUAAGUUGUUGACUGACGAAGAGCGAGGAAUUAAUCGUGCAGUACUAAACGUUGAGAACAUCGAAAUGAACGAUCGCGGGAACGUCACUUGUACAGUCGCUUAUGACUGGAACGACACUGCUAACCACAUGAACAGCACGGUAUCAUUACUCCGAGUGAAAGAUAAAUUAGCAGCUCUAUGGCCAUUCCUCGGAAUCUGUGCUGAAGUCGUCGUCCUCUGUGCCAUUAUUCUCAUUUACGAAAAAAAACGUAAUAAAUCAGAACUCGAAGAGUCUGAUACUGACCAAAGUCCUGAUACCAAGCCAACACCCAACAAGGACUCUGAUGUGAGACAGAGAAAGUAAGCAGCGGAAAUCUAAAGUAAUGUUAACAAAAUUUUUAGAAAGCAGUGUGUUAAGGCUCCAUAUAAUAUUAAAGACGAGAAUCAGUGUGAGGAUGUUGCAUAGUGCUAAUUCACUCUUAAAUAACAAUCAAUUACUAAAUAAAUAAAUAAACAAAAUAAAAAUAAUUUAGGAUGAUGAAAAAAGGCAGGAAAUCGCCGUAACUUCUUGCUGCUGUUACAUUAUAAUUAAUUUCAAAAAAUGAAAUUUUUGAGUCAACAAUUAUGAUAAUGUUAGUUAAUUAAUUGCACACGAGUGUGCCUUGCUCGAGGAUCCAUUUCUCCUUCGCGCAGUAAUUUUCUUCCAUUGUGAAGAAUAAUAAUUUAAUUAAAUAAAAAGAAGAAAAGAAAAUAUUAA